UAAGGAAAAUAAUCUUAAACUUGAGUUUCUGUACUCUUUAACCUUCAACCUUUAUCGUCAGGGUCUUGAUGCAGUUUCCUCAAAGUCGCCGCUAGAUGGCGGUAUAAUCUCUUGCAAAGCUAAUGUUGACACACGGCUGGGGGCGCUAUAGAGUCUUGUUAUAGUCAGACUGGAUUAUUGCUGAUGUGGAUGAAAAUUGUACAAAACUUGUGAUGAGUUCUCAGUUGAUUGGAGUUGAAUCAUUAUUAAUGGAUAGUUCCCUUAUCCAUUAUAAUAAAACUAUACACAGGAUAUGAAGUGUUACUUUUUAUAAGUAGGAAAAACUGGUUAUUUAAUUAACAGGCAGGCCCAGUGCAUUACAGUUAGUACAGUUUUAUUUGCUGGAGCCACUUUUAACGACUUCAUACACCACUGGGUUGUUAAUCGAACAUAAUGCAUCUGAUUCUCCAGUGGUGGGGUGUAAUUAUUACAGUGCAAAUUUGAGGCACUUUACUUAAUUAUUUCCCUUUAAUGGCACUUUAUAUUCCUGCUCCAUUAUAGUUAAGAGAGAAAUAAAGUAGUUUUUACUACACUAAAUGCAAUUAGUUGCUUUACAGAUAAAUAUUUCACAAAACAUGAGUACGUACAGUAUGAUGUGCUGUUAUACAUUACACUACCCAGCUAUAGGCUAUAUAAUGAUAAAACUUAACCCCACCUUUACCAGCUACAGCACUCACAGGCGUCACUGUGCUUUUGCAUUAUCAGCACUUUUACUUUUGAAAAGUACAUUUUGAGUAUUUUCGUAUUGCAGUAGUGCUACUGCCACACCAGAAGGACAUCUGAAUACUUCACCACUAAUAUUUUCUAAACUGAUGUUGUCUUGUGUGUAAAAUCUUGAUCUGCUAUCACUAAAGAAAGCUGACAAAUACAUUUAGUGUUUUAAAUAUAGGCAGGAUAAAACAGAAAUAUAUACAUAAAUUAGCCAACAAGUAAAUAUGUAGUUUAACCAGUUAUUUGUGACUUUAAAUAAGCUGGGAAAAAAAGGGAAGAGAAAGUUUCAUGGUGCAAAUUUAAAGUCUGAAUUCCUGAGACAGACUGAGGUUCGUGUUAAAAAUGGCAGAAUAUGACUUUACAGGAGGACCUGAGUCAGCAGGGCGUGCAUGCGUUGAGAGGCUUGUGGUUCACAGGGUCCACCUUACUCCCUUUCCAUCUCUCUCUGUCUCCCUCCCUUAUACACCCUGUGCGGUGUCCUACAUGCUGAUCCAGCUGAUGCCCCCGCGCGUAAAUGGAAAGCUUUUACGCACCGUUCGCGUUCACUUCAAAGGAGGUUUAAUUGUUGUUUUUGCAUUGUCACACGCCUCGACGGGUGCAUAAGUAGGCCUAAGACACUGGGGAUGUGCUGUGGAGAUGUAAGGGAUGCGGUAAUACCUCACUACAUAAUAGAGAGGGUGGGGUGGGGGUGGGGGGGUAAAAGGCAAGGCGUGCGUCCGGACGCUCACCGCCAACUAAACGCGAGAGGGACUCAGACAUCAAUAACAUCUCGCUCAUCAAUAAGGCAUUUUGAUGGAGUUAGCUUGCUUAAUUAAAUAGGUUGCCUUGAAGGUAUUAGGCUCUCUGAAUUUAUAAUAUUUAAUCUAAUGACCCCCCAUGGAGAACAUCUGAAGGACGACUCUUCAGCAUCUCCAUCCACAGGAAAGCGGCUCGCUCACACAGAUUAUAAGAAUUGGAGGUUUCUUAUCUCUCAGUGAUGGCUAUCAACACUGAUGCUGCCUUUGGGAAAAGCGCCCUCGGCGAGAGGGAAGUUUCCAAUCCCACCGACUUCCAGGACACUGAGAAGCUUCUGAGCGCCGCGACCACCGAGCCCACCGGGCAGAGCAACAUCAAACCGUCCGACUCCUUCUCCCUUAACAUCAGAGGGAGCGUCCGGUCCCUGGAUGCGGACCAGAACGGACACAGAUUGCCGCUAAAGUCGGGCUCCAUUGGGCAGUUGGCGACCCCACCCAAAUCCUUGUCCCGUCUCAGCCUGGGGCCGCUGCCCUCCCCGGUGCCGCCCGGGUCCGUACCCCCGAGUUACCUCUGGCUCGCCGUGAUGUCCUGUUUCUGCCCCGCCGUGCCGCUCAACAUAUGCGCCUUGUGGUAUGCACAUGUGUCGAGGUCUGUUCUCCAUACAGGAGAUAUUGAAGGAGCAAGAAAGUAUGGGCGUCUGUCUAUGGUGCUCAGCUGUCUGGCGAUGCUGCUGGGUGUGGCUGUCAUCAUCUUCAUAGUAUUGACAAUAGAGAUGCAGAAUUGAACUGUGGGAUGGAAGGAGUGUCCUUUGACUUCAUCUGAAAUUUGCACAGAGGAGAGAAGGAGGAGGAGGAGGAUGAAUGUCGUUUUGAAGAUGAAAAAGCACAAAAUCUUAGUUGGAAACAAGCUGAAGAGACUCUAAGAAGUUGCGGGCCGUUUCUCUUUGUCUGGCAACACUCAUGGCCAAUAACCCCACAAACUCAGGAACAAGAGGAAGGAAAAAAGAAGGCUGCACACAGUUGCAGAGUCGGAUCAUCAGAAAGUUUAACUACUCAUAGUCCAAACUAGUGUUGCACUGAGGUACACGCCUGCCUGACACAGACAAUUGGAUGGCACUGCUUAUUAAAAAAAUGGCAUCAAUAGAUAAGAAGAUGUCCUAAAGACUAAAGAACACACAUGAUUUGUACGUGAUGUUGUGAUAAAUAAAAACAGCCUCAUGUAGUCAGACAAAAACAAAAGGACUCAGUGCAUCUCUAGUCUGUCAUGCCGCCACUGCCUGCCCUGUUUCUCUUAACAUUUGCAACAAAGUACUGAUUGACUGUGGGAGGAUGUAUAUACUGAUUUCAUACACUGUUUACAUCAAGUUUAAAACUCAUGUACGUUUAUCACAACAACGCCCUGCUGCAGUCAUAGUGUGAUACCUUGCUUUGCGUGCUAUUAUGAUAAACUGACUCCUGUUCGGACUCCACUGAACUGCCUGGAUCUCUGCACCUCAUUACGUCUACAAUAUACU